AUGGUAAUGGUGGUGGAGAUUUCGCAGAAUGGUGCAAGUGGAGAUGGGUUUCAGAUGAAGUUUUGUGGAGGUGGGUUUCAACUGGUGGUGGAGGGGAUUUCUGGUGGAGGAGAUUUUGCCUUGGACUGGUGGAGUUGGAUGCAGAUUCUGCUGGAUGUGGGUUGGUUACAAAAUCAAGGUUGGUGGAGAAAGGCGAUGCUUGUGGAGAUUUCUCUUAGGACUGGUCUGAUUCUGAAGGUGGUGCUAGUGAUUUGUUGCCUGAAGGAGGGUGGAGCCAAGGCCAUCACCAUCAAGGAAAACAAGGUGUACACAAAACAAAUGGUGGAAGAUAAAGGCGAUGAAUUGGAGGAGGAGGAAGAAGAAGAAGAAGUAGGAGGAGAAGAAGAAGAGCCUUGCGAGGUUCAUGCGAAGAAAAAAAUGUAUCUUGUUGGUGGGUCUGGUGAGCAAGUGUCUAGUGCUGGUGGUGGUGGGGGAGGGGUGGCGCGACCUUGCUGUCAAGUGGAAAAGUGCACCAUCGAUUUGAACGAUGAAGCACUACCACCGACGCCAUAA